UCUUCCUUACAGGACGGUACGUCCUAAAUUGAAAUAUCGGCGCGAAUAUGGUGUGAUUUUCUUCCGUUAUCGUGGACCUUCUUCACAUCCUUUAGAGUUGACCCCUCACUAUUACCCGGGGCAUAUUCGGUGUGAUCCUUAAGGGACACUGUUGUUUGCUGAAUGAAGUCUAGUCGCGAAGAGCGCCGGCGCGAUGCCAGCAUUGCUUGUCUGUCUGUCGUCGCUGAGAGUACAAAAAGCAGCCCGAAGGCCAAGGAAGGUCAGGACCGCCGUGAGAGCCUUCGGCCACGGGUUGUCCAUGAGCAGAAGACGGACGAGGACCUGUUGGAGGAAGCUGUGCAGUACUUCAAAACAGUUCCAGAACAUACUCCAUAUAAAGGGAACAAACCUUUGAAGAACCAGCUUGAUGUACUUCAGAACAUUGCUUUCCGUAAAGGGUUACCUCCUGAAGCUAUUGAUACUUUGUUGAAUGUGGCUAUGAGUUCGAAACUUGCAGAUCUUCUAAACAUCGCGCUGUUGAAGUGUUUGAUUCCAUUUUCCACUGUACCCGACAAAGCUGUCGUCGAUGCUGUGUCCUGGAUGUGUACUGCAAAACCAUCUACCAGAACAAAGGUGGUGUUCCUCAGAUGGCUGGUAACUGUGUUUGAUCUGAUUGAACACAAGGAGCAACUUCAUGCCCUGUAUGGCAUUUUCUUCUUCUUUCUUCAGGAUGAGAAGCUGUGCCCUUACAUCUGCCACAUGCUGUACUUGUUGACUGUCAGAGAAAGAGUUAAGCCAUUCAGAGUGAGAAAAUUGUUGGAGCUACAGUCUCGGAAGGGAAAACAACCCUACCUCCAGGCAUUACUUGCCUUGUAUAAAGUCUUCUGUCCUGAGCUGAUCUCACUGUCUUUGCCUACAAAUCAUAAGACCUAUUUUAAAAAUCUGGACAAUACCUGGAAAGCUGCAAUACGUGCUGUGCAGCUAAAGAACAAGAGAAAUGGGUCUUUAGUUCGACAGCCCUUAUUGGACUCUAAACAUCCGGCAGCUAGGAAAAGGAAGUGGAACAGCAACGCAAAUCCACCCCUUAGGAGUAAGACGGUUGAGCAGAGUGAAAAAAUCUCUUUCCUGUCAAGGAAUAAAGUUGUACCAGUGGAACAACUGCACAGCUUUUCUGAUCUACUAGACAACAUCUAUUACAUAGAGUUUCCUGCUCAGAUGGGAUCGGUGUUGACCUCACCUCUAAUGCUUCAUUAUCUUAGCUGUGUGAAGGAAGAGUCUGCAUUACUGAGGCUUAAUUUCUGGCUGGGCCAUGUGUUGGAUGAAGAAUUUCCAUGGAUUGCAACUGAAGAAAAUGAACAGCAAUACAGAGAAUUCUUGACGUCAGUUUUCCAAGCCCAAGAGGUUUUGCAGGAAGGGCUCUCUAGCACAGAGAAGUUCCUUUACAGACUCCUGCAGCGCUGGGAUGGUUCCUGCUGCCGAUCACAGAUCCUCCUAUUACUUAGUCAACUUCCCAUCAUCACAGAUUCUGAAAUGAAAGCUCUCCUUUUUGAGCCACUGAAGAAGCUGUUUUUCACUUCAUCUAUUUAUUUGAAGUGUGGUAUUUUUGAAAGCCUGAACAAAUUGCUAGAAAACUGGUUGACACAGCAUUCGGUAUAUUCAUCACAAGCGGAUGCUAGAUGGAACACUGCGAGUUAUAAGUCUUCGAAUGCGCAGUUACAUAUGCUGAUGUAUUCUGUCAUUGAGCUAGUCGAAUUUGUCGGAGAGCUCGCCAGCUUGGCGCUAAUGAUGGAAGAGUACAGUGUUAUUCUGAUGUAUUUCAUUCUCACCUUCUAUGAGACGACAUCUGAUCUGUAUUUGAAGUAUAACCUUCCCUUGGUGCUUCUGCUCCCGCCUGCUGUUUUCUUCCCAGCAUUACUCUCUACGGAAUGCUUCACACUGAAUAUGCUCUGCUUCAUUAUGAACAGGUAUCGUGCAAAUCUGGUAUCUGCCAAAGAGAGAGAGUUGAACAAAGAGUUGCCAUCAGGGUUUACUGUAAACAACAGGACAUUCAAGGAGUACAACCUUUAUGUCUCCAUCAUGGUCAAUUGCCUUUGGCUGACUGAUCCAUUUUCAAAAGACAUUCAUCCUCUUGGGAUCGAUGUGAGUUCAGAGUUGCUGGAAGAGGCAAAGGUGCCAGAAUUCCACAGGCGGUUUAACAUUGUUUAUCAUCCAGCGCUCGUAGGACAUGCUGUCAGUUUUCUGCAGCAGGUAAGCUGUGUUGUGCUAAACCUUUUCCUUUUUGAAUCAGUUAGAAGGUGUUUUGAAGCUGCUUUUACUUGCAUCAUUUAUCUGUUUCCUAACUUUUCAUUAUCGGUAAGUAAAGCAGAAGGGUUAGUCUGUAAACAUGCAGCAAACGAGUCUUUACAUAGACGUUCUCUGCUUUGA